CAUUGCAACAUCUUUAGCAAAUAAUGCACGAUUUUUUUAACAAUUAAUCAUAAGUUUAUUAUAUAACAUAGACCUAUAGUAAUAUGAUAUUGUACAUGCAUACAUAGUUUAAACACUAUAGAAUUUGUACUUUGUACCAACCUACCAACCGUAUUUGCGUCUAAUUUUAUACUGUUCAAGAAAGUGCCUAUCUUAAUAUCACUUAAUUAUGUGCUUAUUAACGUGGUUUAAAGUUUAAGUAGUUAGUAAAGUAAGUCAAAGUUAUUGUUUGUAAAAAUAUUUAAAAACAAUUUUAUUUAGGGGUUGUCUGUUUAAGUUCAACAAUGAUGCAACGUAAUAUGAUAAAGAUUGCUAAAAUCACAGACAUAAUACCACAGAUUUGUUCGCAAAAGAAAAGCCUUCACUAUGUUCAGGGUCAGGAACCUGAACCGAAAAUCAGAGAAUACUUUUAUUAUAUUGAUCAUCAAGGCAUGCUAUUUUUAGAUGACGCUAGGAUAAAAAAUUUUACUUCAUGUUUCAAAGAAAAGAAAUUCCUAGAAUUCUUUUUUAAACGGAUCAGACUAAAUAAAACUGGCAAAUAUGAAGCAGAAUUUCCUUUUGUGUCUCAUUGUGGAAGAGAGCGUAAUUAUAUCAGAUGUGAUGAUUUACCAAUAGUGUUUACACAUAUAUUUCAUGAAGACAAUGUAGAUUUUCUUAGUUAUGGAUAUGCCGGUGACUUAUUACGAACAGUGUUUAUCCCUGAUAAAGUUUAUAUGCUGCCAUUAACUGGCAGAGUGUACCAUGUAGCUGAAGAAAAAUUUGGAGGUGUGGGAUUGAUUAAAUCUAAGCUAGCUAUAGAAUUAAGUAAGUAUUUUGAAUUUCACAAUGGAGACAUGAGACCACCCACUCAUCUGACGUGGCACAAUAAAAAAUAUGAAUUAGAUUUGAAUUGGUUUGAUGAAAAUGUUAAAAGAUUUAAUUUAAAAAUAAACAGUGUUGGAAACUAAGUUUUUAUUUGUUUUUGAUUUAUGUAUUGUUUGUUAAACUAAACAUUCUAGAUAACAAUCUUAAAUAAAUUAUCAAGUGUAUCACUUACUCACUUAUUGUAAAUAAUUGUUACCAUAAUAUAUUUAUUACAAUGUUUAAAGGGUUUUUAGAGGUUGUUAAGCCAAAAACCCACUUGGGAGUUUAGUAAUGAUGGGGGCUUAUAGAUGGCAUAGACUUACCACAAGGCGAUAUAUUUACACACAAAGUCUUUUUGAAAUCUCAUUUCUUAUACACAUUUGUCCCAUAUCUUCGAACUAGAUAGUUCUUAUUCACUUCUUUAUUCAAUUUUUCUUGUUUGUCAAUAUCACAGGGGUAAUGGCUAUUUUUAAUAGUACUAGAUAAAACAGUAAAGG